AUGGCUCGCCUUUUGUUGCUUUUAGUCGCAGGGAUGAUUUUUACAGCUCAUGCAUCCCUUAUCCCAGAGGUAAGUGAACUUUUAUAAAAAAGAUAGCUCCAAGUGUUUUUCUUUGCUUUUUCAUGAGUUUCACUGUAUUCAUUUGAGUUAAAUCUCUUUCUACGGCCAGUACAUACAAAAACGGAAAAUUGUAUUUAGCUUUUUUUUAAUCACGCAUUACAUAAUAUAAUUCCAUGACGUACGUACAAGUCUAUUAACUUUUUUUGCUUUAGAAAAUAUAGUUACAAACUAGUAAAACAACCGAUCACAACUCAGAAAGUUAGGUUUUUACUUGGCAUAACUUGAAACGUGAAAUUCCCUAUCACAAUAAGAUUUAGUAUUGAAGUUGUUUGGAGUGCUAAGAAAUUUGAGCGUAGUUUCCUGAUGUGGUUUCUGGUACUUCGAUCAAGUACCAAGGGCCAGUCCAUUCAGAGCUUUGUAAAACAGCAGAAGUACAAUUUGAACAGAAGGAGGUAGGAAAUCGGAAGCCAAUGAAUGUGCAUGACGUCUAACUUAUGGCACAGCCCUUUUAAAAACUAAGAACCAUGACUAAAAUAUGUACGUCUUUAAUACGCUAAUUAAACAGUAAUGCAGAAUUUAAUCUUUUCCUUCUAAAAAGACUCAAAUAUAGAAGGAAAAAGAAACCUAAUUUUUCAGACUGAGGGUCUAAUGAUAUCUAGUUGGAAAACUUCGCCGAUUAAAACCAGGGACCCCUGAUUAAAACUGAACUUUAUCCUAGGCUUUGAUCAGGAUUGUAACGUGUACUAUGGCGCGCAAAAAGUAGGGUCCGCUAAGUAUUCCAUCUAAAACAGCGAAGCCGCACUAGGCAGCAGAGUACUUUUAGCAAAUGUACCGAAGGAUUAAUUUCUUUUUUUAAAUUCCUACAUUUACAGAGUUCAUUGCCAGAAACAGAGCUAAUGGAUGUCGAAGAAAAAGACGAUCAGGAAGAAAUUCCCGCCGAGGGUUAGUCAAUUAAAGAAAUAAUCAUAAAAUGUUAUUGUUAUUAUCUUACAUUGUAGUCACUUGUGAUGUAUAUCUGCUUACUGCUAGUCGAGUCUUUAUAAGGAAAUAGGGAGCAACCAAGACGACGAAAACAAAGACAGUGUCAAUAAAUAAUUGGUUUUAUUAGCAAAACAACAGUUCUGCACAUGCAUAACGCUUUUUAGUACAUUUCUUCAUUCAACAGGUUCAUUUCUAUCUUUGUCCUUUCGGUGAGUUGUUCUUUCAGCGGUCCACUGUCGUUAGGAUUUUCUAUUAAAAAUCGAUGGUUUCAGCCUCAGUAGUCAUUGUAUAAGAAGGUAGCAUAGAUCGUCAGGGUGACUGUAGUCCUAGUCUGCGAAAACAGCCGUUUCUCCUCGCUCCUCGCCGCUGGGGACGUUUCGCGCGGUAAACGUCUGCGACUCAGCGACAGAAAUUCCAUACUGAUGCCGUAAAUCAAUGUUUACAUAAUAUAUCCGGUGGUCAUGAGGUUCCACAUUCCAAUUUGUUCAAUUUUACGUUUCUCCUGGUCGAUUUUACUAAAGUGUUGUGUUCAUCUGCGAACGAGCUCCAGCAAAACUCAAAUGCUUCUUCUAGAGAAGAAUAUAUUCCACCAAUUUAGACUGUUUUGUUUGAGAUUCAUCGCGCUUACAUUUGACCUUCGUGGCCUUUUGUCUUUUGUUUGUCAUUUGUAAACAAUAGCUAAGUCAAUGUAACUACUCCGUCGACCAAUCAGUAUGAAUUUCUGUCGCUGAGUCGCAGACCUCAUUCCUCGCAAAACGUCCUUAGCGGCGAAAAGCAAGCAGAAACGGCUGUUUUCGCAGGCUACUGUAGUUCUAAGUAGGGCAUUCGAACGUUGCUGACAGUGACUAAAGUUCCUACAACCUGUCUGGUAGUCAUCUUCAGGGUAAAAGUGAGUUGUAGUGGUUGACUAUCUUGGUUGGUGCGUAUAUCUUGAUAGUGUGCAUCCUUGCCUCUAGACUUUUUAUUCCACUGUUCCGGUUGUUCUGAUCUUUUUCGGGUAAAGAAUAAUUAUGUGAAUCGCUUCAUAAAUAACGCGCGUGUUGCCGAUGAGGAUAACGAUAAUUAACUUUCCAAAGCGAGUGAUGGGAAAUCUCGAUAAUAAUCCUUGACACUGCCUUGUACAGGUCAUCCACUCUGGCCAACUUAACCGCAUUCACAGGGAAACCACUGAGACGUGUACAGGCCGACAAAAUGCUAUCUUAGUGUAGUUUCUUGUAUACCUUGUUGUUGUUGCUGGACAGAUCUGUAGCAUAAGAUAAAUUAAACGGCGGUGAAAGAUUGUCUGAAAAUAAUGUCCCCUAAAAAAACGUUAAAAACGAAGAACAACAACAAAUCAAACACCAGCAAAAUUCAACAGAAGUGUAACUUCGUUUUCUUUUUGGGUUUUCAGAUAAAGAGCCUCUCAUCAAUAGUGAGGAUUUUGACGUAGAUUCCACAGAAAUCAUUGAUGGAGAAGCGAAUGAGGAUGAACUGGACGAACCCGCUGUAGCUCCAGCACCUAAUGGUACUAUUUUUUGUUAUAAUUUGACCCUUCUUUGUUCACUUGGCAAAAGACUUUAAUUAUAAAUUAAAUACUCAACGAAACGCCGAGGCGUUUCCGAUGCGUCGUAUUUUCGAACGUAGCGUUUAUUUCAAAAUCACAUUUCGUAAACCAUUGGAUGCUUAAGGUUUAAUGUAUGGAUGGAUAAAUGGUGUAGAUUACUCAGUUGCACGAGGCAGUUUGUUUCUUAUAGUCCUCGAAUAUAUGCCGCAUUCUUUCAAUUCAGGGUGCGCACGCAGUUCAUUCGGAGGCGGAUGUUUACUCGAGGAAGGUUUUUAUUUGCGUGCACAAUGUAAAGCUAUUUUUUUUCUCAUAACGAAAGAGUAUGUAAAGUUAUGAAGUAAAAGUUAUGAAGUAAAUCUGCAAGAUCAUUGUUCCACGUUUUCUCCCACGUGCUUGCCGCGUGAGAGAAAACGCUCUCAGAGAGCAAGAGUACAGCUGCCGCUCUGUACUGGUAACUGUUGCUUACGGGUUAAAACAACCGCUCUAUGAAAGCCUUCUUGCCAUUAGAGGCUUAGUAAAGUCAAUGUUUGGUUCCUGCUGAAAUCUCACUGUCGAGAGAUAUACCGCCAAACAUGUAAUCGAUCGGUGGCAUGCCUUCAUUUUUUCAAAUUAACUUGCCCUUAAUCCUAAAAUGCUUAAAAUAUAAAUGGAUGCAACAAUCAAGUUGAUAUUCAUUAGAAUUGUAACUUAAUUGAUUAAUUAAUCGAUUAAUAUUUUUAUUGAUAUUAUGGGUGACAAAUUACUCCUCCGCUGAUUUAUUAUUUCACAUGUAAAAAAAUACAAAAUUGCCAUGGCAACGUCACUUAUGUCUCAGUACCAAGAUGGCGGGAAAGUUUUUAAAGACGAUGUCAGGGCAAUAAAAGACGCCUUAGAAAAACUAAACACAACGAAAGAAAACAUCAAGAAGGAUCCUAUUAGGUAUUCUGUCGAAAAAUUCUUAAAUUCAUGACUGACUUAAGCCAGUGCGCGGAGUUCUACUAUCGAUAAUCAAUUUGAGAAACAUAUAAAAAACCUGCGAUUGUGAGCGUAAUUUGUCAUCUAUAAUAUUAAUAGGUAAUCGCACAUAUGAUAUUAAUAGGUAAUUACACGUCCUACUUUUUAGAUGAAAAAUUUUCUGUCAAUGGUGAGGAGUUAAGAGCAGAAGAUUUUGAUGAAGAUCCCACAGAAGUUAUUGAUGGAGUACGACGAGGAGAUGAAAUGGAAUCGCCCGCUAAAGUUCACCUUCACGGAAGUAAAACUUAUAAUCAUGUUUUCUUCCGUUUCAUUAUUUAG